AAUGCGCGACGAAGGGCUGGGUUUCCAUUUUCGCUUCGGGUUUCGGGGAAACGUCAAUAUGGAGCCGGAGAUGGAGGACAAAACCUUGGAGCUGAUGUGCUCUAUGCCUCGCUCUCUCAGGCUUGGCUGCUCCUUGGUGGCUGGGAGCCUGUGUGCACUCAAGUGUCUGCAGAACAUGCCCAGUGUGCUGGGCCGCAGUCAGAACAUGGAGUCUCAGAAUGAUGACCUUUCCCCAAAGACCACAGUGUUAAAGAUUAUUAAUGGACCAGUGAUGGGCUCCAGGAAGAGGCCCUCAGAGGGAAACUAUGAGAAGGAGAAGGACCGGUGCAUCCAGCUGUUUGACCAGUGGUCAGAGGCUGACCAGGUGGAAUUUGUUGAGCACUUGAUUUCCCGUAUGUGUCACUACCAGCACGGCCAUAUCAACUCCUACCUCAAGCCCAUGUUGCAGAGGGACUUCAUCACCGCGCUACCGGCUCAGGGUCUGGACCACAUAGCAGAAAACAUCUUGUCGUUCCUGGACGCGCGCUCGCUGUGCGCGGCUGAGCUGGUGUGUAAGGAGUGGCAGCGCGUCAUCUCUGAAGGCAUGCUGUGGAAGAAGCUCAUCGAGCGCAUGGUUCGCACAGACGCGCUGUGGAAGGGCCUGUCCGAGAGGCACCACUGGGAGAAGCAUCUGUUUAAGAAUCGUACUGCAGAGGUCCCUCCAAACAGCUACUAUCAUUCGCUUUACCCCAAAAUCAUCCAAGACAUUGAAACCAUCGAGGCAAAUUGGCGCUGUGGAAGACACAACCUGCAGAGGAUUCAGUGUCGCUCAGAGAACAGCAAGGGCGUGUACUGUCUGCAGUAUGACGAUGACAAGAUUAUCAGUGGCCUUCGGGAUAACUCCAUCAAGAUUUGGGACAAGCAGACUCUGGAGUGCCUGAAGGUUCUGACAGGACACACGGGCUCCGUGUUGUGCCUGCAGUAUGACGAGAGGGUCAUCGUCACCGGCUCGUCCGACUCCACAGUCAGGGUGUGGGACGUCAGUACGGGUGAAGUGCUCAACACGCUGAUCCACCACAACGAGGCCGUGCUGCACUUGCGCUUCUGCAACGGCCUAAUGGUGACCUGCUCCAAGGACCGCUCCAUCGCCGUGUGGGACAUGGCCUCGCCCACCGACAUCAGCCUGCGCCGCGUGCUGGUGGGCCACCGCGCCGCCGUCAACGUCGUAGACUUUGACGACAAGUACAUCGUCUCGGCCUCCGGGGACCGUACCAUCAAGGUGUGGAGCACCAGCACCUGUGAAUUUGUCCGCACGCUGAACGGACACAAACGAGGCAUCGCUUGUCUACAGUACCGGGACAGGCUGGUGGUCAGCGGCUCUUCGGACAACACCAUCCGGCUGUGGGACAUCGAGUGUGGGGCUUGUCUGCGCGUGUUGGAGGGUCACGAGGAGCUGGUCCGCUGCAUUCGAUUCGACAACAAGAGGAUCGUCAGUGGAGCUUAUGAUGGGAAAAUUAAAGUAUGGGACUUGCAAGCGGCUCUGGAUCCCCGAGCCCCUGCCAGUACUCUCUGUCUGCGGACACUGGUGGAGCACUCUGGCCGUGUUUUCCGGCUACAGUUCGACGAGUUCCAGAUUAUCAGCAGCUCACACGACGACACGAUUCUCAUCUGGGAUUUCCUGAACGUGUCGUCUAACGGCCAGACGGAAGGGCGUUCCCCUUCCCGCACCUACACUUACAUUACCAGAUAGCAGGUCAAGUAGGGGGCACUGUGUGUCUUCUUGGUACAGUCUGUCCUUUCGCCUCUUCGUCUCACCUUAUCCUCUCCCUCGUUCCUGGAUUUGUCGCUUUCAACUGAGCUGUGCCAUUGGGUUGGGCUUGAAAACAGUCCAACCGUCACUCUGAGCUCCCGUACACUGCUGGUUCUGCCGGACCUUAUAGACGUUCUCCUGUUGUCCUCACCCUGGAGGUGGAUAGACAGAAAAGCAAAGAGAGGAUGAAAAGACUUUUUCUCAGCCAGUGGGCACAGUGUUGGGGGAAAGGAAGGAUAUCCUGACCUAUGGGUGCUCUGCGGACUGUAGGACACGCCCUCCUCCACCCCCCCGUAAGCCACACCCCUCCUGCCACUUGAAGGAUUCCCUUUCACCCUCCUGUUUUAUGGCACAGGAAAUGAGUAGAAAUAAGAAGAGAUGCAAAGAUUAUGAACUGUGUAACUUAAGUGCAUGAUUGAUGGAAAGGUUCUCCAUUUAUGGUGUCCUCACAUUUUUUAAAAUGAAUUAUUUAUGUGUUUUGUUUUUCUUUUGGGGGGGGGGGGUGCAGUGUUUCCUUUGUAAUAUUAUACUGCCCGUUAUAGUUCUCUUGGCCCCUCAACAUCCCUGCUUGGGUUUUGAAUGGCCCAUAACUUUGAGUUUAGUUGUAAACACAGCUGUCUUGUCAAAAAUGUGUUGUACAUUGACAUGGUUUUUUAAGGGGAAAAAAGCAGACGUGAAUGAAGAAUAAAAUCCUUGACUGUGAAGGUG